AUGGCUGAUCCCGCUUCUGAUCCGCUUUCACAGUCACAGGCCAGACCCGUCUCUCCUGCCACCUCCAGCCUCUCUUCCGACGCCGCUGCAUGCAAGAUUGCUGCAAAUGCUGUCGAAGCACCCAAGUGCCCCAUCGCUUGGGGCGCCUGGCUUCGCAAAUACCAGCUGGGCAAUUGGUGCGAAAGGGUUUCUCCUCAGUCUGCAAUCGAUCCCAAAGACUCGCUUUCUGACUUGCAUCCCCAUCAUGCCGCCUCAAUCGCAGAGUCUGCCUCUGCAACACAUGCUUCCGACGCGCCCACCCCAAUCGCACCGACAUCUUCUCAUCCACCUACCACCUCCGCCAAACUCUGCCAGCCUUUCCGAGUUCCCAACGCUCAUCGACACGUCAAAGUCGACGCCGGAUCAUCCAUCGAUUCCAUCGAGUUUUUCCGUCAAAAUGGCUGGCUUGCUGCCCCUCCCUUGCCCCGUCGACAAUAUCGACGAGUUCUCGAGGCGCUCCGUCGCCACGGUCUCACAGUAGCCCAGGACCGCGAGGCACUCCUCCUCUACAUCAAACAUGCCAAGGCCGUCUUCAAGUGUGCAUAUGCCUCCUUCAUGGUCGAAAGCACCGAUGAGGCCUCUAUGCUCAUCUUGGCCCAAGAUGGCGGUAACGCUCAGGUUCAUAUGGUCCCCAGGACGCUCACCCUGUGCUCACACGCCAUGCUCUUGCCCGACAGCGAGGUGCUCGUCGUCAACGACGCAAAAAAGGACUGGCGAUUCCGUGCGUGUCCCUCGACCCUCGCCGGCACCAUCACCAAUGCCAACGGCAACCCCAUGAGCUUCUACGCCUCUGCGCCCCUCAUCCUCUCGUACAAUCUCUACGGCACCGAAGGCUGCAUCCAGGUGGGUCGUCUCUGCAUCAUGGACGAGCUCCCUCGUCCCGACUUUAACCAAGCCGAUGCCGACCUUCUCUAUUCGAUUGGCAAGAUGGCCGGCGACGCCCUCGAGAAGGAGUACCAAAGCCUUAAGAACGCCCGAGCCGCCGAAAUGCAACAACGCACCAGCUCGCUCAUCCGCGCCUCGGAGGACACGGCUUUAAAUGCACAGCUCCGCCAUUUCAACUCCUCGAGCAACUCGAGCACCGAAUCUGGCGAUGAUUUCUCACGCUACUCGCUCGUCGUCAUCGAUCGAGCCUGCAGAGAGUUGCGAGAAUGCCUCGGAGCAGCUGGUGUCGCCGCUUUCGAUAUCAGCAAUUUCCGCUUCCGACGUCAACCCGCCAACACCGUCUCUCCACGCUCCUCGAGCGCCUUUUCGAAAGCCUCGUUGCCAGCAUGGCACUUGCUCGACGGUCACCACACCACCGAACCGCUCACCCCGCCCGACGAAUCUGUAUCUACGCCUACCUACAUCGACCCGGACUCGCCCAUCAUCUCACCCAGGAUAAGUCGCAACUUUUCCUCCAACCAAGCAGGUGCAAUGCUUCACGCCAUCGAUCUACGCGAGGGCUCGCCACCGGAUCCUUGGGCCGCUUUGCUCCCUCCCGACGCUCAAAUCCGUUCGUAUGCUGUCUGCGCUUGCUACAACCGUGCCAAGGCGCGUCCGUGCAUCAUGUUUUUCAUCGCUUUCACCGACGAGGCCUGCUUCGACCAGCAGGAGCGCUAUUUCGUCGAGAGCGCGAUGCAGAUCUCGCUCGGCAGCCUAUUGCGUCAAAAGCUUUCCGAGGUCGACUUCUUCCAAGCCGAGUUUCUCAGACACGUUCAGCACAACCUCCGUACACCCCUUCACGGUGCUCUCGGUGCGGUCGAGUACCUUCGAGCCGCUAUCAGCAACGACAACGACGACGAUGCCAUCAAAAUCGACUUGUCGGCAGACGGUGUCCUUGCCACCCUACUCGAGUCAAUCUCGCUGUCGGGCCUCACACUCAAUUCCUACAUCGACGACCUGCUCAGCUUCCAGAAUCUGUCCGGCGUCAAAACGGCCGGCGCGCAUCCUCCUAGACGCGUUGCAGUUGAUCUCGUCAAAAUCGUCGAGUCGGUUGCGGAUGAGGAAUGGGAAUUUGCGCAGCGUCUCGACUUGCAGUCGCGUCAUCUCGAAACUGACGCAGGCAAACUCGCUCAUGGCCCGCUCUACGGUAUGGAGCUCAUUAUCAAGGCAUCUCCCGAAGUGCGCGAUUGCGAGUGGGUCGUCGAUGUGAAAUCGCUUCAAGACGUGGUGCGCAAAGUGGUGUCGAAUGCAAUCCGGUUCACAAGACAGGGCUACGUCGAAAUUUCAAUUCGUCUCGCAGCUCCGGGUGCUUUGGACGACGUCGACUUUGACAUUGCUGACGACUUUGUUGCAGUAGAGAUCGAGGUAUCUGAUACAGGCGUCGGCAUGACCAAAGAAUUCUGCACGAAUCAGCUCACGCGACCAUUCAGCAAGGGCGAUUCGUUCCGUGAUGGCAUUGGUCUCGGUAUGACGAUCGUCUCGUCCACUCUGCAAAAGCAUGGCGGAAAGCUCUUGGUCGCCUCCGAGAUCAACUUGGGGACGCGCGUCACCAUGUGGAUGCCUCUCCAGCGUGGUCCGUCACAGCACGGUCGCAAUGGCUCGACAUCCAGUGCCUCCGGAUCCAGAUUUGCGGUUUCAAAACUGGCCUACUAUGGACUUGAAACAAGGGGAUUGCGUCGCCUGGCCAACGCCAUGUGCGAGCACUUUGCUUUCACGGGUGGCAUCCAGCUCACGCACGACCUCAGCGAGGCUGACUGCAUCGUGUUGCCAGAGCGUGCGACCGCAUCGCUGGAUGAGGGUGACAAGCCUCUCCUGUCGCAAGUCAAGCCGACAGCUCGAUUUGUCGUCAUCAGCUCGUCGCACAUUGUUGUCGAGAAGGGCAUUGAGAAGUUGGAUGGACGUUCGGUGAUGCCUCUGCCCAUGCCGCAUGGCCCCAGUGCGCUGCGACUCGUCGAGACGUUUCUGUCGGACGAGGAGCCACCGAUGAUCCGCACAGCCAACCCUGUGCGUACCCACAAUCAACAGCGCGUCAGUGUCACUGAGCUCGGCAUCCCUGCUAGCGCGCGUCGUAUCUCCGGACAUCGUCACAGCGUCUCCGCCUCGUCGGUGUCGACGGACGCGAAGAGGGUAAACGGAGUCGCAAUUCACAGCGACGGUGCUGCUGGUACGGCUGGUGCUGCUCAGCCGCAAAUCACGGUAAAGCCAGCUAGUAGGACUCCGGCACCGAUCAACACAUCGGCGUCUGCGCUUGACAAGAACGAGUUCCGCGUGCUCGUCGUAGAAGACAAUCCGAUCAAUAUGCGACUGCUCACCACGCUCUGCAAGCGGCUCGACAUCCGGUACGAGGAGGCGCACGAUGGUGCCGAGGCUGUGGCGAAAUUCAUCUCGUUCCGUCCGUCGGUGGUUUUGCUGGACAUCUCGCUUCCGAUUCAGGAUGGAUUUGAAGCGUGUGCACAGAUGCGUGCGCAUGGGCAUUCGUCGUUUAUUGUCGCAGUCACAGCGUUGAGUUCCGACGAGGACAAGAUGCGCGGAAUCGAAUCUUGCGGCAUGGACGCUUGGAUGACCAAGCCGGUCUCACCGCGCCAGUUGAAGGGCGAUCUGGAGGCGUGGAGGGGCAACUUUCAGGCAGCAAACGCGCUCCGCACGACUCCGGAUGCACUCGCGAUAAACCGCUUCUGA